AUGACAGUCAACAAACGCUCAAAGCAAUGGUGGAAGCAAGCCACAAUCUACCAAAUCUACCCUGCAUCCUUCUGCGACUCCAACAACGAUGGCAUGGGCGAUCUCCAAGGCAUAAUCUCCAAGCUAGACUACAUCGCCAGCCUAGGCAUUGAUGUCAUCUGGGUAUGCCCCAUGUACGACAGUCCUCAAGUCGACAUGGGCUAUGACAUUUCCAACUACGAAGAUGUCUACGCUCCAUACGGUACUCUUCAGGAUAUGGAAGAGUUAAUCCGCAAGACUCAUGAGAAGGGUAUGAAGAUUAUGCUUGAUCUUGUGAUUAAUCAUACUUCUGAUAAACAUGCCUGGUUUGAGGAGUCGAGACUCAGCAAAGAGAGUGCGAAGCGGGAUUGGUACAUUUGGCGUCCUGCUAGGUACUCUGCCGACGGUGAACGUCUUCCUCCUAAUAACUGGCGCUCCAACUUUGGCGGCGGUAGUGUUUGGGAGUGGGAUGAAGCGACACAAGAAUACUAUCUUCAUCUCUUUGCAAAAGAACAACCGGACCUCAACUGGGAGAACCCUGAAACUCGAAGAGCUAUCUACGCUUCAUCUAUGGAGUUCUGGCUUGAUAGAGGCGUUGACGGAUUCCGUGUUGAUACCGUCAACAUGUACUCCAAAAUCCAAGAUUUCCCAGAUGCACCAAUCACAGACCCCAAAGCCAAAUACCAACCCGCCGGCCUGCUCUACUGCAACGGUCCACGCAUGCACGAGUUUCUCUCCGAGAUGAGUGAGAUCUUGGAGAGGUAUGGUGCUAUCACUGUCGGCGAACUUCCUCAUACACCCGAUCUCGAGCGCGUCCUCAAGUACGUCAGCGCAAAGGAGAAACAACUCAACAUGGUCUUCCAAUUCGAUGUCGUGGACGUUGGAUUUGGCAAGACCCACAAGUACGAGACUGUGCCCAAGAACUAUACUCUUCCACAAUUAAAGGAUGCGUUUGGUCGGACGCAGAGUCUUAUUCAUGGUACGGAUGCUUGGACGACUGUUUUUAUGGAGAAUCACGAUCAAGCGCGUUCCGUCUCUCGCUUUACCGACGAUCGUCCUGAGUUCAGAGUGGCGGGUGCCAAAAUGCUGGCUCUGUUGCAGGCAUGCUUAAGUGGAACGCAAUAUGUCUACCAAGGACAAGAAAUUGGAUCUGUCAAUGCGCCCAAGGAGAGUUAUCCUCUUGAGAAUUAUGUCGAUAUCGAGAGCUACCAAUUCCUUGACAUUGUUAAGGAGCGAUCUGGUGAUGAUGAGAAAGAGAUUGACAAGGCGUUCAAUGCUUUACAACAUCUUGCUCGAGAUCACGCUCGUAUUCCUAUUUGCUGGAGCGACGACAAAUUCGGUGGCUUUUCUAGCUCGCCCAACAAAGAGCCAUGGAUGCAAACCCAUCCUCUAUCCUCCGAAAUCAACGUCGCGUCCCAAAUUGACGAUCCACACAGCGUUCUGUCAUUCUGGAAGAAAGCACUGCGUUUCAGGAAGGAGUUUUCUGAUUUGAUGGUUUAUGGCGAUUACAAGGUUCUUAGGAAGGAUGAUCUUGAUAUUUACGCUUUUGUUAAGGAGAGUCCUAUUGAUGGAAGCAAGGUUGCUGUUGUGUUGAACUUUACUACUGAGGGUAAGACUUGGGAUGUUGAGGAGUUUGGUUUAGAGGGAAAGCUUGUUCCUAUUAUGUCAACACAUUCUGGGAAGGGUGGAGAGGUUUUGGAGCCUUUUGAGGGGCGGGUUUAUUUGGUUACCUAG